CAUCAAACCAACCCCUGUGUUGUUCCUCCUGCCUGCAUGACGCACGGAGAGCAGCCAGUCCGCUCGGAUCAGCUCAGCUCGGAACCGUCCGGAGCAACAUGCAGGAUGGCGAGUGUGGAGACAGCCGCCGAACACGAGCGUAUCCUGCGGGAAAUCGAGAGCACAGACACCAACUGUAUCGGCCCGACCCUCCGGUCGGUGUACGACGGUCAGGAACAUGGCCUCUUCAUGGAGAAGCUGGAUGCUCGGAUCAGGAACCACGACCGAGAGAUCGAGAAGAUGUGUAACCAUCACUUCCAGGGCUUUGUCGACUCCAUCACUGAGCUGCUCAAAGUGCGAGGGGAGGCACAGAAACUCAAGAGUCAGGUGACGGAGACAAACAGGCGCCUUCAGGAUGAUGGCAAAGACCUCAUCAGCUCCAUGGAGGAGCUGCAGCAGUGUCGAGUUCAGCAGAGAAACAUCGCCACGACCAUCGACAAACUGACCCACUGUCUGCCAGUCCUGGAGAUGUACAGCCGACUACAGGAGCAGAUGAGGGCCAAAAGGUACUACCCAGCCCUGCGGACGUUGGAGCAGCUGGAGCAGACGUGUCUACCCCGGGCUGGUCAGUACCGCUUCUGCUCCAUCAUGGCGGAGAACAUCCCCAAACUGAGGACGCAGAUCAGAGACACGGCCAUGACGCAGCUGAGGGACUUCCUGGAGAGCAUCAGGAAACACUCGGACAAGAUCGGCGAGACCGCCAUCAAACAGGCCCAGCUCCAGCGCUCUCUGGACAGCUCCGUCUCCAUGCAACCCAGGGCCCUGAUUAGCCGACGCGGCAGAAAGGAGGCAGCGGCGUCGACAGUGACGGACAGCAAUGGACAGGGUGGCAGCCCAGUGUCAGAACAAGACUCUGGCAUCCUGGACGUGGAGGACGAAGAGGAAGAUGAUGAAAUUCCCGGUGCUCAGGAUUUGGUGGAUUUCUCCCCGGUGUACCGCUGUCUUCAUAUCUACACCGUGCUGGGUUUGCGUGAUGUGUUUGAGAACUACUACAGAAAACAGAGGAGGAAACAGGCUCGCCUUGUUCUGCAGCUCCACUCUAACAUGCAUGAAACUCUGGAGGGAUACAGGCGGUACUUCAAUCAGAUCGUUGGCUUCUUUGUUGUGGAGGAUCACGUCCUUCACACCACGCAGGGUUUGGUAAACCGAGCAUACGUGGAGGAGCUCUGGGAGCUGGCACUGUCCAAAAUCACUGCUGCCCUGAGAACACACUCAUCAUACUGUGACAACCCAGACCUGGUGCUGGAUCUGAAGAACCUCAUUGUCCUUUUCGCUGACACUCUGCAGGGUUAUGGUUUCCCUGUGUCCCAGCUUUUCGACAUGCUGCUAGAGAUGAGGGAGCAGUAUGGAGAAAUCCUCCUGAAGAGAUGGAACCUCACCUUCAGGCAGGUGUUGGACCAGGACAACUACAGUCCCAUCCCCGUCUCUACAGAGCAGGAGUACAGACACUACACUUCCCAGUUUCCCCUGCAAGACCCAGAACUGGAAAAGCUUCCCUUCCCCAAGAAGCUUCCCUUCUCUGAGUUUGUGCCAAAAGUUUACUGCCAGCUCAAGGAGUUCAUCUACGCCUGUCUGAAAUACUCGGAAGACCUGCAUCUCAGCUCCACGGAGGUCGAUGAUAUGAUCCGCAAGUCCACCAACCUGUUGUUGACCAGGACCCUCAGCAACUGUCUGCAGUACGCUAUUAAGAAGAAGAACGUCGGCCUCGCAGAGUUGGUGCAGGUGAUCAUAAACACCACCCACCUGGAGCAGAGCUGCCACUUCCUGGAGGAGUUCAUAUCGAACAUCACGAACGUCCCGCCUGACACAGUCAACGCCACCAAGCUGUACGGGACCUCCACCUUCAAGGACGCCCGUCAUGCGGCCGAGGCGGAGAUCUACACCAGCCUGAAUGCAAAGAUCGACCAGUUCCUGCAGCUAGCUGAUUAUGAUUGGAUGGUGCAGGGGGGCGGGACUCAGGAUGCUAGCGACUAUCUGAUUGACCUGAUCGCGUUUCUGAGGAGCACAUUCAGCGUCUUCACCAACCUCCCUGGAACGGCAAUAGAACAUGCUACCUUGCCGGGUAAAGUUGCACAGACGGCGUGCAUGUCAGCCUGCAAACAUAUCUCCACGUCUCUGAUGCAGCUGCUGCUGGAGCCGGAGGUCAGACAGAUCUCUAUGGGCGCUCUGCAGCAGCUCUACACCGACGUCAAGGAGUGCGAGAGUUUUGCCAGAGCCGGCCCGGUCGCAGGCUUCCAGGGUGACACGUUGCUUCUGGCCUUCAGUGACUUGAGACAAUUACUGGACCUGUUCACGCAGUGGGAUUGGUCGACGUACCUGGCUGACUACGGCAAACCCACCUGCAAGUACCUGAGAGUGAACCCUCAUACUGCACUGGCCCUGCUGGAGAAGUUAUCUAAGCCGAUGAAAGAGACGAGCAGAAAGAACAACAUGUUCGCCCAGUUCAGGAAGACGGACAGAGACAGACAAAAACUCAUCGACACCAUCAUCAAGCAGCUACGCAACCUCAUUGCACAGCACCAGACCUAGACCGAGAUCUCCUCCACCACCCGCCUUCUAGGCUGAUUUCUGUCAUCUUCUCUGAUUCAAAGUGAACUGAAUUCAUCUCUUAAUCCUAAGACCAUUACUUGAUCUAUGCACCUUUAUAUCACGUCUUCCAUCACCCCAACCACCUUUAGGUCAUCUUUAUCUCCCAAAUAACCUGUCUAAAUCUCAUUGGAUAAGUUCAUACUCUGGGUAAUUUAAGCUGCUGUUUCUGCAUUAAUGCUGGGGCUGUGGCAAGUAUUUUGAUAGCUGUAUUUUCACAAAAAUAAUCUUAUAUCUGCCUUACACUCAUCAUCAUCUGGCCUCAAUUUAGAAAUACUAUAGGCUAUUUUCUCUCUGGAUUGUCUUAAUACUCCUGAGUUAUUUUCCAAGCAUUCAAAACAAGAUAAACAGAUACUUCCUCUUUAAAUUAAGGCUCUUUGCCAAAAUAGAGGAGUCUUAGGUUUGUUUGAACUGCAAGUUUAUCAUAAGUUAUGGCAAUAACAAUACAAAUCCUUGGCACCCGAUUCAAAGAACUUAAGCUACCAAAAAAAAGCAGAUGAACUGCUGUUUAUUCCGCUUAGAGCAGUUUUUUGUUAAAAUAAGGCUAAAGAUCUGAUGUGAUGGAAAUUGCAUUGACUCUCACCUGGUUUUGGGCUGUCAACAGUCUUGACAACUUUAUUGCACGUAGGUUUUUGCAAGGACUUGGAUCAAGCUUUUGCAUCAGGACCUCCCCAUCCUGUCUGCAUGGGAUGCUUUGGUUUCAGUAAAAGUCCCUAAAACUUUAGGAGAUUUUAGAAAACACUAAAUACCACCAGUCAGACUGUCCCCAAAUGUAACUUGAUUUCAGUUUUUGAGUGUCGAUACUAAAAUUGUUGUAUAUGUUAUCUUAAAUUCGCCAUGAGGUCUGUUUAUGUGCAGAAAAGGAACUCUCAAUUUGCAUAUUGGUUUGUGGAAAUUAGAUGUACCAAAUGGUGUCCAGAGUAACGACUCAUAUUACUGGAUGGUUUGGUUUAGGAUCAGUCUCUUCUUUGCCUGAAUUUCAGUUGACCUUUUUGUCAUUAUCUCACAUUUUUACAUUUCCUUUGUCAUUUUUUUGGCCCUUAUCUUCCUGUCCUCUUCCUAAAAUCUUGCUUUAUCCUGUCUAUCCUUCAUAUUUUGUCGCUGUUUGCCUUUAAAGUCUUCCUCAUAACUUUCCUCACUGUGGAACGUUUUGAAUGUACAUCAGAGGGUCGUAGCGUUUUGAAUACUUCAGUGAGAAAAUGCACUGAAACCAGCUUAAAACAGAUAGUGAUACUGCAGUAUCAAGUGUUGUCUGAUAGAGGGGGAUAUUCCCACAACAUGGCAACCCUUUUGUCUCUUAAUACACCUGUUAACACUUGAAUGGGCCACACUAAUUAUCCUGGCAACUCUAGGUUCAAUCCCACCUUCUUAAGCAGAGCCUGUUUGGGAAUAGAAAGAGGGAUGUUGACCAAACAUGGCAACCCUCUUCCAUUUCACAUUGACACUGUUGCCUGAGCUUUUCUACUCGUCGUGUGUUGAUAACUGGGUCUUAAAGGGGUUUAACGCCCUAAAACUGGCACUGAGCUUUUGUUUGUUAGCUCUGUUGUCUGUAGAGGAACUUAUUUGUACAGAGAUGUUGUACUAAUGCGAGCACAUACACUUUAGCGUCUUCCAUACACAUGUACCAGCUGUGUGUGUUUGUUUAGUUUAAGCACAGCACGUAAUUCUAUUUACACUAGAUUAUUUUCAACUAAUAUGGGUCUAUUUGUGUUUUUUUCUGCUUAUUUUUCAAACUUGGGUGCAAUAAUAACAGAAACUGCAGUGUUGUGUGUGUGAGCAUGUGUGUGUGAGUUACGGCGCUUUAUAAAGGGAUUCUAACAAACCAUGAGCAUGUGAAGGGAAUUUCCUCCUUUCUGUCCACUUCUACGUUGCCAUGUUUGAUUUGUUGACAACGAUAUUGUGUUUCUGUGAGGUUGUGUUCACGUGUGCAUGCCGGCACUGUGAAGUCAAGAGUGUUUGCAUCGAUGCUGAUGUGUGUGUGGGUAUUUUUUUCCAUCCAUCCUUAGCUGUGUAUCGUUUUUAGGUGUUAGUAAGGGAAUGGGGCCGUUGUCAUUGAAUGUGCCUUUGCUGUAUUAUGUUUGGGGUUUGUUUUUCCUGCCAAUAAAGCAGCAACACUGCAGUGUAUGGAGUCUGGACACACUUUACAGAGCAUCCAUGCUGGUUUUACAUCCCUUUACUGGAGUACAGACCGUGUCCUAAACCAGCGGUUCCCAACUGGUCUAAUAUAAGGACCCACAACCAAUUUCUUUAUGACAAAUCAUAACCCAAGUUCUUAAAUUUUUCAAUUAAAAACCAAAUAUUUUCAAUAGAAAAUGGUGGAGUUUGGACUCUAGAUGAAAAGGAACAAAAUGGAGACAGCUUUUUCAAAAUAAAAGCCCUUUUUUUCCCAGUCAUAUUGGCAACCCACUAAUAAAUAGCCUCAAAACCCACUUUUGGGUCUUUGGAAUAGGGGUGCCUGAUUAUCAUUCUGGCUGGUUAUUGAGGCCGAUAUUUGACAUUUUUCUAAUUGUCAAUAUCAGCAUUUUAUUUUACUUUUUCCAAUUUAAUAUAACACAAUCUGAUUGACUAUGAGUACUAGCUAAUCACCGCUUAGGCUUGGGUGUGCACAUGACAGCACUUCCUGUUUACCUGCUUUAACCUGCUGAUAGAGCUAGGGCUAAAUUGUUCGUUUUUCUUCAUGCAAUUUUAAUUUUGCCACAUUAAGUAAAUUUUAUACAUCAUAAUGAAUUAAUGUUGAUUCCAAAUAUUGGUUGCUGGUCUUGUGAAUUACGAAUAAUUAGCUGUGAUAUCGGCCCAGAAAAACCGUUGUCAGUUGACCUCUACUUUUGAGUCCUAAAGUAUUCACUAGGUACUACUACGAUCUCAGUCGGGUACACCAGACACUUAACUAGUAGUUAGUAUGCUGUUGCAACAUGCCUAAUACCCCAUCAUUUCUGCAUCACAUGGUUUAAUCAUCAACAUAUUUCCAGUCCAAGCUUCACUGGCUAAGCUAGCAACAAGCUAGUUUGACCUUCAGUUCGUAAAGAGAAUUAACCAUACAAAGCAGAUGGAUUGGCCAGAUUCCAUGUCUAUCAUCAGACAGAUCAAUCUUGCAAAGCUUCAAUCUGAAAUCUUUGUUCCUGGUCAAAGGAUGACCGGACAAAUCUGUGUCAUUUAAGAAGGACGAGGCAGGAGCUAUGGAUGUUGUUGAGUUGUACUGCAAGCCUGUAAAGACAUUAGCAUGGAUGCAGGUAUAACAGCAGCUUUAUCAGAAUUAGAAAACACCGCUUUAAAAGAUCAGGGCAAAGAAACCGCACUGAAAACUUAGCACUGAGGGUUUAAGUGGCCAACUGGCUCCACUGAUAGUUAACAAGCUUAUGCGGUGGUGCAUGCCCACUACAUUAUGUUUUUAUUUUAUGUAGCAAACAGAACGUUUGUCAAAUCACCUUUAGGGAUUUCUUUUAAAGGUUCUGCCACUCCCAAAUACCAUCUAUGGGCUGUUACCCAGAUGGAUGAGAAAUAUGUCCCAUGCAGUAGAUAUCUGAAACAAUCUAUCUGGCAUGUCAGGUUUAUUAUGAAUUCUGGCCACUCUGGUGUAGGUCUUUUGCUGUUGACAGUAAGCUGCUAUGCAUCUUAGUCAUCAAUUACAUCCUAUUUUGGAGCAAAACAAGGAAGAGGAAGGAACCAAGUAGAAUUAACUCGCCCAACUCAAAUGUCUCGAAUAAGAUGAGUCACCUUAAAGGCGCUGACAAACAGGAAAUCUGUGAGGAGUGGAGGCAUUUCUCUAAAUACACAGGCAGCCUUGAUGAUAAUGGUGCUGUCCUUUGUUUUAUUUCUCAGUAAAAUGUCAAAAUUGGCUCAUCAGAAUACACCAAGAGGCCUAAGUGAGGACUCCUGUUUUCAUCAUCUUGUUCAUUUGAAAGACCUCAGUAAACAGGGUCUUGGUUGAAGUGGUGAUACUGACGUUUGCAAAGGUUAGCUUACUCCCCGCUUCCGUCACUUAACAAUUUCUCAAUGCCCCAGGAUUUGGGGGCAUCUAAGACUGACAUUUCAAGCUUUGAAACUUUCCAUGUACAAAAUGAACACUACACUUUAUGGACUGGAGGAUUUAUUAAACACUAGCACCCAAUGACUAACAUGCACAUUUUGCCAGCCAGGUUGGGGUGGCACUCAACGGGACAGUUGUGUAAUGCUUUUGUAAAUUUAUUUUGUUUAAAAAAGAUAGGUUAAAAAUUUAAAAAAAAUUUUAAAAAAGGUUGAUAAUGGCAAAAAAAAAAAAAAGGUGGGAAAGGUGGUGAAAUUGAAU